AUGGCCGAACUCAUGAAAGCCUGGCAGUUGCCCUCGCCAGGCCAUUUUGAAACGCACAUGACGCUCCGCGAAAACAUGCCUCGGCCGACUAAGGAGGCGCUGAAAAACGGCCAAAUCAUCAUCAGAGUCGUCAGCGCGAGCCUCAAUCCCGCCGACUACAAAGCGCCGCUCAUGGGCGCCGCCUCUCGGCUCGCUCUCUCGUACCCCCGGACGCUCGGCAUGGACCUUGCGGGCCAGGUCGCCGCCGUCGCCGACGGGGUCACCGACGUCAAGAUCGGCGACAAUGUCGUGGCCUUCCUCACGCCGCUGCGGCACGCCGACGGUGCCUUGUCCGAGUUUGUCGUCGCGGGGCAUGACGAGUACGCGCCGCUCGCGUCGGACACGGACCUUGACCAGGCCAGCGGUCUCGGUGUGGCUGCCCUCACGGCCUACCAGACCAUCACGCCGCACGUCAAGGCCGGCGAUCGCGUGUUCCUCAACGGCGGCUCCGGUGGCACGGGCUCGUACGGCAUUCAGGUCGCCAAGAUCCUGGGCUGCCAUGUGACGGUGACCUGCUCGACCGGCAAGAUAGACCUGUGCAGGGCGCUCGGUGCCGACGACACCAUCGACUACCGCAAUGCGGACGUCAUCGAGGCGCUCAAGGCCUCGGGCUCAUACGAUCUCGUGGUCGAUCUCGUCGGCAAUUCGCCCCCCAACCUCUACGUCGCGUCGCCCGCGUUCAUGAACCCCAACGGCAAGUUUGUAUGGGUUGCCGAUUCGGCGUCGAUGAAGAACUUGCCUCGGCUCGUCGAGGCAUUCUUGCGGCCCUCGUUUCUGGGAGGCGGUAGAAACCGGCUCCUCAUGUAUCUGACCUACACGAAGCGACAAGACUUGGAGCAGCUGGCGCAGUGGCUGGUGCAGGGCAAGCUCCGGACGGCCGUGGACUCGACGUUUGAGUUUGAAGACGCGAAGAGCGCGUUUCGGAAGCUUGCUACGGGGUCGGCUGCGGGCAAGCUGGUUGUGCACGUCUCGCCCAAGUCGUGA